GCGCUUUGUUUGCGGAGAAUUCUUGUCCACGGGAUACGGAACGUUUUUUGAUCCCUUUGUCUCACUACGCUAACAAGAAGCUGAAACGAGCAGGGCUUGUACUCUUGUAGCUGUUGGGCAAAAGCUGACGGACCCCGAUACGUUUCCUUUGACUGGCGCACCCCGUCAUCUCUUUCCGACUGUACGACGCCAGACCCUCCCUUCUCUCAUCCCCUACGAGUACUGUACCUCCGCUCUGUUUUUCUCGACGGCCGAACUGUCACAAGGGGGGGAAAAGAAUCCACCGUCAUCAUCAUGGCAGCAAACAUGAUGAACACGCUCCUGGAAAAGCUCCAUCUGACGUCUGCGGACCAAGGAGGAGCCCCCGCCCAGGAGCCCAGCAGCGAAGACCUCAAAGAACUGCAAGAGAAGUACGAGAAGGCCAAACAAGGGCAUGUGUUCGCCUUUUACGACAGCCUCGACACAGAGGGCAGAGCUGCACUGUUCGACCAACUCUCCUCCAUCGAUCCAGGUCGCAUCAAUGUCCUGGCGGACAAAGCCCUCAAUCCCCCCACGCCGUCCCCGGAAGAGCAGCAACCCUCCAUUGAACCACUGCCUUCCUCGGCGUGUGCCUCCCUCCUGGACGCCGCCCAAGAAGAGAAAGAUGAAUGGUACGACGCCGGCCUAGGUCACAUCGCAGAGAACAAGGUGGCAGUGGUCCUCAUGGCCGGUGGGCAGGGCACACGAUUGGGAAGUUCCGACCCCAAAGGCUGCUUCGACAUCGGUUUACCAAGCCACAAGUCCCUCUUCCAAAUGCAGGCGGAACGGAUCUGGAAAGUGCAGCAACUGGCCAAGAAGCACGCGUCUACGUCGACAGAUCCCGUCGUGCCGUGGUACGUUAUGACCAGCGGUCCUACUCGUGGUCCUACGGAAAAGUUCUUCCGAGAACACAACUACUUUGGCCUGUCCAGGGAGAAUGUCGUCAUCUUCGAGCAGGGCGUCCUCCCGUGCAUUUCCAACGAGGGCAAGAUCCUGAUGGAAUCCAAGUCCCGCGUGGCCGUGGCUCCGGAUGGAAACGGCGGCAUCUACCAGGCGCUGAUGCUGUCCGAGGCCCGCUCCGACAUGCGCAAACGCGGCAUCGAGCACGUCCACGCCUACUGCGUCGACAACUGCCUCGUCAAAGUCGCCGACCCCGUCUUCCUCGGCUUCGCCUCGUCCAAAGACGUCGACAUCGCGACCAAGGUCGUCCGGAAACGGGCCGCCAACGAGUCCGUCGGCCUGAUCGUCCAGAAGAACGGCAAGCCCGACGUCGUCGAGUACUCCGAGAUUGACCAGUCCAUGGCCGAGGCCACCGAAGGCUCCUCCGGCCUCCUCAAAUUCCGUGCCGCCAACAUCGUCAACCACUACUACUCCUUCCGUUUCCUAGAGUCGAUCGAGCAGUGGGCGUACAAGCUCCCCCACCACGUCGCGAAGAAGAAGAUCCCCUACCUCGACACCGAGACCGGCGAGUCCGUCAAGCCCGAGAAGCCCAACGGCGUCAAACUGGAACAGUUCGUCUUCGACGUCUUCCCCUUCCUCCCCAUGUCCAAGUUUGCCUGCCUGGAAGUCGAUCGCAAGGAGGAGUUCUCACCGCUCAAGAACGGCAAGGGCUCGACCGAAGACAACGCGGACACGAGCAAAAGAGACGUCAUGGAACAGGGUGCCAGAUGGCUACGUGCCGCGGGGGCCGUCGUGGUAUCUGAAACUGACACUGCAGGCGUCGAGGUCUCUCCUUUCAUCAGCUAUGGUGGUGAAGGACUUGACUAUCUCAACACUCGAGAGAUCAAGGCGCCGGCUGUCAUCGAAAGAGCUGAUAGCAAGGAUGAUUAGAGUUGGUACAACAACCUCGUGCUGCCUAGACCCUCUGAACUAGAGGUUCUGGCCAGUGGAACGCUAUGACUGUACGAGAUUUAUGAAGGUAUAGCAUUGUUAAACGGAAAAAGAAAUCAACCAUUUUUACUUGCACUGGGGUAGAUGGAAAGGUUCACGGAUUCGCACGGUAGAGAAACAUAUGUGAGUUCGUCGUACGGAUGGAUCAGCGGUGCAAUUGAUAUAGCACCGCGGGAAACAUGACAAUUUCAAUGCUCAAUGCUCAAUUUAGCUGCCAACCUUGAUUUCUUUUUCUUUGCUUCGACUGUCUGCCUAGG